AUGGGGCGGCCCGCGCGCAGCGGGCUGGCCGUCGCGGCGCUGGGCCUGCUCGCCCUGGGCUUCGUCGCCCGCCCGCGGGCUGCGCUCCUCGCGCUCGCGGAGCGCCUGGCCUUCGGCGACGCGGCCGCGGCGAGCAUCGUCGCGACGAACAAAUACAGCGCCGCGCACGGCCACGCCGGCGCGGACUACCCCUGGCUCGAGACGGGCAAGCUCGUCGAGCCCCACGUCGCGACGACGCUGACCUUCGAGGGCGUGACGGCGGCCUACGACGCGUCGCGGACGUCGUGGCGCGUCGACGCGCGCGCAACGAGCGGCGCCGGCGUCGUCUCCGCGGCGGCGUCGCCCGUCUCCGCGACGGCGCUCUUCACGGCCGUCGGCACCUACGACGUCACGUCGGUCCUCGCGCUGGCGACCGGCGGCGAGCUGGCGCUCGGCGACGCGGUGACGUGCCGCUACGUGCGACGCGAAAUCCGGACCCUGGACCGCGCGGACCGGACCGCGUUCUUCGCCGCCGUCGAGGUGCUGGUCAAGACGCGCGACGGCCCGGGCCGGGCGACCUACGGCGACGAGUGGCGCGGCAUGGACCACUACGUCGCGCUGCAUCUGGCGAACGCCGUGCCCAACAUGCGCGAGGACCACUUCCACGACGGCAUGGGCUUCGUGAGCCAGCACGUGGCCAUCACGGCGGACUUCGAGCUGGGUCUGCAGGUCGUGAACCCGGCCGUGAGCGUGCCCUACUGGGACUACACGCUCGACUGGACCCUCGCGAACGGCACGGACGCGGACCACCCGGAGCGCGCGCUCUGGGACCUGGAGCUCUGGUCCGACGCCUUCUUCGGCAACGCCUCGGGGAGCGCGCUCCACACCGUGGAGACGGGCCGCUGGGCCUUCACGAAGGUGGCGAGCGUCGGCGACGUCGUCGACGCGAACUAUCCCGGGACGUGGGCGAAGAACCCCUUCGGCGUGCUCCGCGCGCCCUGGAACCUGAACCCGUCGCCCUACGUGACGCGCUACCACAAGCAGUGCGACCACCGCAUCGAGGCGUCGAACUGGCCCACCUGCGAGACGCACCGGGGGCUCGUCUACGACACGGAGACGCUCGCGGAUUUCGUGCCGUACGCGGCGUACACGGCCCACGCGGGCGUCCACCUCAUGAUCGGCGGCUCCGCGGGCUGCGAGUCCUGGGCGGAGCUCGAGGGCCUCGUGGGCGCGGACAACGUCAAGUCCUUCUACUUCCAGUCGUCGUUCCUGUUGCGGAACGUCUACCGCUUCGGCCUCUGCGCGCCGCCGGAGUCCUGCGCCUUCGACGCCGCGGACAACUGCACGCUCCAGUGCCGGGGCUGCGACGACCCGGCGGCGAUGUCGUCCUGGCAGCUGAGCCAGUACGAGCAGUGGUUCCCGGACGUCGAACGCGACCCGUUCAUGCGGGAAGCCGUCGUGCGGAAGCUCGUCUGCGGCGCGUCCUGGCGCGUCGGCGACCACGUCGAGGCGUCGUCGCCCGCGGACGUGUCCUUCUGGCCCGCGCACCCGACGAUCGAGCGCCUCCUCCAGUACAAGUUCCUCGCCGCGCCGUUCGCCGAUUUGAGCUGGAACGCGACGGGCAACGCCUACGGCUGGAACGACCUCUGCAAGUGGGGCGCCGACUUCGACCAGGCCGUCAACUGCGCGGGCCACCGCGCCGACGACCUCACGGCCUUCUUCGUGAAGACCCAGGACGGCAACGGCACCUACGCGAAGGCGCGGCUCUCGAACGAGGAGAUCCUCAACCGCGAGACGCAGGCCGGCACGGAGAAGCUCUCCUACCCCUGCAACGUCGUGCUCACGACGACGAACGCGGACUUCGACAGCCUCGCGGCGGCCUGCGCCCUCGCGUCCCUCUGGGGCCACGACGAGCGCAAGUCGUCCGUGCCGACGCACGUCGUGCUGCCGCGGGGCGCUUUACCGGUCGUGCAGCGGUUCCUCGCGUACCACAAGCACGUGCUGCCCCUGCGCGGCUUCAAGACCAUCGACGGGGCCGACAUCGAGGCUUUGGGAGUUGUCGACGCGAGCUCGGCGGCGCGUUUAGGGCGGUCGAAGCAGUGGCUGAAGGUCGCGGAGACGGUGCACGUCUACGAUCAUCAUAUGCAAGGCGACUCGAGCAAACCGCGCGAGGAGGACGAUUUGGGCGCGGCGGCGACGGAGCUCGUGGUGGAGCCCGUCGGGUCGACGACGACGUUGAUUGUGGAGCGGCUGCGGUCCGCGGGCGUGCGGCCGUCCGUGCCCGAGGCGACGCUGUACGUGCUCGGGAUCCGCGCGGACACGGGCGGCCUGACCUACGAGUCGACGACGGCGCGCGACGCCGCGGCGCUGACCUGGCUGCUGCGAUGCGGCGCGUCCCAGGCGGCCAUCGCCGAGUUCGGCGUCGAACGGAUCUCCGAGACGCAGCGGGAGAUCCUGUCGACGGCGCUCAAGGACGUGCGGACGGAAACCUACCGGGGCGUGUCCAUCGCGCGCGUCGUCUGCCGCACGCCCGACUACGUGCCCGGCUUGGCCGCCGUCGUCGAGGAGCUGCUGGAGCUCACGGCCGCGGACGUCAUGCUCAUGGCGGCGGAGCACGGCAACGGCGUCGAUUUGAUCGGCCGCGCGCGACCGUCCGCGGUCUCCGUCGACCUGCGGGACGUCAUGUCCUCCUUCGGCGGCGGCGGCCACGCGCGGGCGGCGGCGGCGGCCGUGCCCCUCGACGCCGUGCGGUCGCUGGACGAGGGCGCGCAGGCGACGCUCGACGCGUGCGCGGCGCUCGCGCGCGACAUGGUGCCGCCCGAGCUCACGGCCCAGGUCAUCAUGACCAAGGACGUCGUCACCAUCAGCGCCAACGCGACCGUCGCCGACGCCCACGGCACCAUGAAGGCGUCGGGGCUCAAGUCCUUGCCCGUCGUCGACGGCAACGACGACCUCCGGGGCACGCUCAAGCUCAACGACGUCAUCCGCGCCGAGAAGAAGGGCAACGCGGCGCAGAAGGUCCGGGGCAUCAUGCGCACGCAGGUCGCGUCCGUCGGGCCGGAGACGACCGUCGGCGAGCUCGAGACGAUCCUCGUCACGACCGUCGGCCGCGUGCCCGUGAUCACCGACUCGGGCCGGCUCCUCGGCAUCGUCACGCGCACGGACCUCCUCCGCCUCCGCAACUACUACUCCACGCUCCCGGGGCCCUCGGCGUCGAGCAAACGCAAUCAUACGGUCGUCAUUCUCUUCGUGGGCGCCAACCAAGAUGAUCCCACGUUCCAGCUGCUGCGCUGCGCGGCCGUGCGGUCCGCCGUGCGCGUCGCGCGGCGGCGGCUGCCGAAAUUCGCCGUCCGCACGCUCUUCGUCUCGCACGACCGGAACCGGACCGUUCCCGGCGCGCGUUUCGACGCCGUACUCGACGCGCCGCGGGCGCUCGACGUCGCGACCGUCGCCGUCGCGCGCUACGAGCACGUGCGCGCCAUGCUCGACGCCGUGUCCCUCGGCGCGGCCUACGCCGCCGACGACAUGUGCGCGGGUUGGGUGUGGCGCGUCCGCCUCGAGAUGCUCGUCGGCGCGUUCGAUCUGCCCGACGACCCGGACGCGGCGGUCUGCUACGGCUACAGAAACCAGUUCGCCGGCAAAAUGGUGUCGGAAAACCUGCUCUUCGGCACCGCGGCGACCGUGCGCCGCAUGUUCGCGCCUCACGACUGGGAUCCGGCCGCGCCGCCGGACCCGACGAUCCUCGAGCGGCUCCGACCAUCACCCGAUUUCAAGAACGGGCCCGAGGCGCUCAUGGAGGCGAGGGUCGGCUCGGGCGUUUGUGAUUUUGCCGGCGUGCCGUACUCCCUGUUCCUCGCGCACGACGUCUCGCCCGUGCGGCGCUGGUGGGGCAGCGGCGCGCGCGGCGACUGGGACCACAGCCGCACGUCGGUGCUGGACCACGCCGAGCUCCGGCCGGACCUCGCGUCCUGCGGGCGCGACAACCCGAAAGCGAACUGUUUGUCUCCGACGUUCUCUUCCCCGGCGACGGACCGUGGCACGGACAUGGGCGGGGCGCCGUCGCGCAUCCUGGAGAAGCUGUGGCUCGGGGGCGCGGACGUGCUCGACGACUUCGAGGCCUUCGCCCGGGAGAAGGGCAUCGACGCCGUCGUGAGCCUCGGCGAGGAGACGGUGCGCGCGGGCAUCCCCAAGCUCCACCUCGACGAGCAGGACACGCCGGAGACGGACCUGCGGCGCCACUUCAACGCCAUCGUCAACUUCAUCCACGACCACCGCUGCCGGGGCCUCGGGGUCUACGUCCACUGCCACGCGGGCGUCUCGAGAUCCGGCGCGGCCGCCGCCGCGUACCUCGUCGCGUGGCUCGACCUCGGCGUGCGCGACGCCCUGGGCCACCUCAUGCGCUGCCGCGACACGGUGCUGCCGAACCCGGGCUUCCGGGACCAGCUGUUGGAUUUCGCGGACGACCCCGCGACGGGUUCCUUGAGGGACCAGCUCCGGCGGACGCGGGGCCCGCUCCUCGCCGAGGACCUGACGGACGUGGCCCGCGAGCUCGAGGCGUCGCGGGACCGCGUCGAGACGACGCGGAAAAGCGAGUGGCUCUACGAGUUCUCGGGGAAGCCCGUGCCCGAGGACGCCGAGAUCGAGCGCGACGACUACGGGCUUUUUGUGAGGGAGGACGGCAGCCGCUGCUCCGUGGCGCGGGCCGGCGCGUUUUUGGCGGAAGCGGAGCACGACUGGUCGCGGAGCGACGCGGCGCCCCUGGACGUGCUCGACUACGAGGGCCAGAUCUCGCGGCUGCAGGCGAAGCUCGCGCCGGCGCUCCGGAGCAAGCGGCCGACGCCCAAGAGCGGCCUCGGCUGGCUCGCGCGGCCCGAGGAGAAGGAGGCCUGGGCCGAGCCCGGCGACGCCGGCGGCGACGCGCGCCGCGGCGACGACGCCAAGGGCUGGGCGUCGGACGCGGCCGCGGACUGCGUCCGGUCCCAGGUGCUCGACGAGGUCGCGCCGGGGGGCCGCGAGGCGAGCCGCGGCGGCGGCGAGGCCGGCGACGCCAUCGACGACGACGACCGCCUGCCCGGGGAGUGCCUCGGGGGCUGCGGCUUCUUCCCCGCGCGCGGCCAGCGCUUCUGCCUCCACUGCAAGGCCCUCCGCCUCGCGGGGUCCUUCGACGACGACGACUUCGACGAGACCGACGCCGAGGAGGAGUGA